CGCACUUGCGGAGCAAAUGGAUCACUAGGGCGUUGGUAGGAAGCCCACGCGGCGUUGUGCGCGCAGAUUGCCGUGGUCCGUCCGCACGUAGGUUGGUACCCGGCGUCGACCACCGCCUCGACUCUCUCUACCGGCCGCCGAGUGGUUUUGUGGUGGUGCUCGCUUCGCCGGCACAGCAUGGGAAUCGCCGUAGUGCCGUGGCUGCUCUGCGCGCUCCUCGGAGCCCUGCAUGCGAGCCCGUCGUCUGGUCGCAGUCAGGACCACUACGUGGGCUGCCCGGCGCCCCGUUCCCCCGAGAAUGGCUUAAGCUUCAUCUUCAACAGGGGCCGCCUGGUGCGCUACCGGUGUCACCCGGGAUUCACACUGCGUGGUCACAGCCAGGCGGUGUGCCACCACAACAGCUGGAACAGGCCUGCUCCCCUGUGCCUCGCCAAGAACGCGACGCGACGUGGCGCGAAGCUGCCUCACCAUGGCGACGGGAAAGACGGUCAUGGUGACAGGCAGCCGUUCGAGUGGGACUCGAUGUACAAGGAGGACAAGUUGCCGCUCAUCAAUGGCCAGUGGAGGAGGCCGCAUCAGCGCGUCUUCUCUGUGAGCGGGUCUUCGAAGGAAGCGGUCGAGAGGACGGCCACCGAGCAGCAGCUCAUAGACGACGAACUCAGGAUCGCUGAGAUGAGGCACCGCCAGGAACAGGACGUUCGCAGGGACAGCAGGCAGGAUGGCGAGGACGGUCGCGAGUCCACAGAAAGGGACGCGCUGGAAUCGAACACCGCAAACGAGGACAACGAGGUGCCGACGCCCGAACCUCGACAAGUCGAGAAGCACGGUAUCUCGCAUCACAGCGUCGCGACGUCGCAUUCGGCCGACAGCUCGCCGCACUCGAAGAAACAUUACAAGUGGAAGGAAGACAGCCCCAAGCACCACAGCGCAAGGUACUCCGUGUCAAGGCUGGCGCAUGGCCGCCACCCUUCCUCGGGAGAGCAUGCGUCGUCCACCACGUCGGCGGAGCAAGGCGAUCGUGAAGAUGACGACGACGUCGAGACAUCCACUGAAUCUUCGGGUACUCCGCUCCCAGCGACGGAGUCUGCUCCCAGGGAAGCUUGGCGGAAGCAAUCGGACAUAUCUGAUUACUGGAGGAGUCUCUCUGGAGGAUAUAGUGCGGAGAGGCGGGGGCAAGAUCGUGGCCACACACUCAGCUCCGAUAAAGAGGAAACGACGACUCACAAGACGGUCAGCCGUGCGUUCAAGAGGAGCUAUCUUCACUCAGACGAUGACUACGACGUCGAGGAUGACGAUGAUGAUGAAGACGAGGACGACCGACACGACACUACACAGUACAGGUCCACGCACAGAGGCGACCUUAGUCCUUACGACGACGAGGAAGACCGCAACAGGUUUCCUCCGCGUACCGUGACCUUUGAAAGGGGACCCAAGGGUGAUCGGGAACCGUACGACCAGAAUUCCGGCGUCUCAAGGUCCUCCCCGGUAGACUAUUUCGGUCGUCCAGUGCAAGUGCUCACCGGAGAGAAAGCGCACCAGCAAGACGCCCUGUUGCGGCGCCAGUACGAGAUGGCCCAGCAGCACAAGCGUGCUAAGCUCGAAGAGUUCAGGGGUCGUCAGGAAUCGACGGUGCGAUUUGACCCUCCACCCAACAACGCGCCGGUGACGUCACGGCCAAUCGACUACUUCGGCAGGCCCGUGCAGGUCCACACAGGCGAGAAGGCUGCGCAGGCCGAGGCGCUUCUCAAGCGCCAGUACGAGAUGGUCCAGCAGAGGAUGCGGGACAACCAGUUCGAGGAGGCCCGCAAGCGUCCCGACGCCGAGUACUUUCCGAGGCAGGGAGUGAGCGAGGACGACCGGCGAGGCGACAUUGCCGUUCGACAACGGGGAGACAGGGAGCCCACACCGCCUCCUGCGAGGCACCUGGUCACAUCGAGGCCCGUCGAUUACUUCGGCAGGCCAGUGCAGGUUCUUACGGGAGACAAAGCUGCCCAGGCCGAGGCCAUGCUCCGGAGGCAGUACGAGGAGUACCAGGCACGGCUCAACAAGAGGCCCAGCGAGCCGGACUACGCCGAGGGCAGACCGGUGGAGUUUGAUCGCCGGCCCGUGCAGCCCGGACCAUCGAGCUCGCCCCCGUUCGACCACUUCGGCCGGCCCGUGCAGGUUCUCACGGGCGAAAAGGCGGGCCAGCAGACCGAGCUGCUGCGGCAACAGUACGAGAUGGCCCAGCGUACCGGUUCGCUCCAGGAGGCGAGAAGCAGACCGACCGAGGAGGUGCACCACCGGCACCGGCACCACCACGGCCAGUGGAGCGAGCAGGGGACGAGCGGAGCGCUGAGACUGAGCCGAGAGGACAUGGAGCUCAUGAGCCGGCUGUCGCCGGAGCUGCGCGCCAGCUUUCUCAGGGACCUGCGUCAGGCGCGCAUCAAGGAGGAGACCGACCCGGAGAGGGCCAACCAGUUCCUGAGCCGAUACCGCAGCCACGCAUCGCUUCAUACCAAGUCUCUAUCGACAGAGGAGGACAGCACCACUGACUCUCCCGGCGACGACGACUACGACGACGACGACGACGACGAGAUGCUCGGCGACCAAGCCUCGGAGGACAUCCCGCUCACCACGGUGAGCACCGAGGACACGUCGUCCGAGUCUUCCGAGUCCAAGAACGCGUCGAGCAAGCACUCGUCGAACAAGGCGACGUACGACCAGAGCUGCCUGCAGGACCGGAAGCUUGGCCGCUCCUUCCUCAGCGCACCCAAGGUGAAGCACGCGUACGUGUACAAGUACGAGCGCAAGGUGCUCGGCAAACCACCGCAGAGCCACUACGUGCUGGCCCGCUACAAGUGCCUGCUGGGCUACGGGCUCAAGUACGCCAAGGCGGACGCCCUCUACUGCCGGCAACGGCAGUGGAUUGGCGAGCACCCGACGUGCGUCCGGAGCUAGGCCGCACACCUCGCCCGAUCACCACAGGUGUGCCUCGUAACUGUAGCAGUUACCAGUUGGCUGCUCCUGGCGUGAUGUCACUGCGUUAGCCUUCACUGCCUCAAACUGGGGAGUAAGCGCAUCCUGAGACGCCUCAGAGUUACACGAGCUUCUUAUUCUGUGCCUUUACGCACCACCGCUGUCCAAAGAGAACCGGCCUUCUCUGUGCUUGUACACAACCAGCUGGACUUUGGCCGUUGCUGUUCGCGUCGCAUGCCCUAGACUCGUGUGAAAUGCCACACGAAUUGUGUUUGGUGGAUUCACCCGGUGCUUAGUGGUAGAUGCUACGCGUCGCUCGGCCAGAAGUACGGAUGCAAGUUUCUGAAAAGUAUAAAACAGAAAAGAAAGAAAAAAAAAAAACAAAGGAAGCCGAAUUCGCUCGCGCUCUCGAGAUCCUACUCAAAGCUCCUGAGCUGUUGCAGUGAUUUGUGGCUUAAUAAUUUCACAGAAAAAGUAGAGUGCUUUCGUCGCGAUGGUGUUCCGAAAACAUCGCUGGGAAUUUGUAGCCUACAUUUUGCAAGCAGGUAACAUCUCAUAUUUCGAGCACUUUAUGCCGACAAUCAAAAGAAAGCUACGUGGAUAGCUCUCGUUGUUUAUUGCCCUGGUAGUUACUUUGUAAAAAGCCCAGCUUCCUUUAAUACGCCAACUCAAAAGGGCGAGCACUUAUCGCACCAGCGACUGUCACAGAGAGGCGUAUAGAGGAAGCUUUUUGUGCCAAAUGAAGCUUAGCGUUGAAAUUGUAGUAAGUAUGAUCGUAUGUUAAGCUGAUUAUCGCAUUUUAUGUCCAACACAAUUUAAUUCAUGCCUGACACUAAGCGAGUACAAACAAAUGAGUUCAUGCCUGUCUUGAUAUCAUGUUGAGUUCGGUGCGUCAGAAGCAUUUUAAAGAAGUCCCUCACAACACUCACGAGCUCACACUGAAAAGACGACAGUGAACUGGUGCCUUGGUACAAAUCCAGCAUGUGUACAAACUUGUGUUUGGGCCUUCGCAAGGCGGAGUGUGCAGCGUAAAAAGAAAAGCUUACUCGAGCUGUGAGAACUGCACUACGACUUGGAACAAACACAGUGCUCUGAUUGUAGCUCUUCAGCUACUCUGCUUGGCUGCAUUGCGUAGGCAGUGCGAGUGAGCAGCACAAAUUAAUAGUUCUCGCUAACAGCAUUUUGCUGAAAGCUGCGUCAAGUGCGAUAUACCAUUGCGCCAUUCCUCAUUCUUAUGCCACCUUUAUUUUAUUGCCCUUUCUGACAUUGCAGCGCUUUCAUUUUCAUGCAUGCCUGGCAUCAGAUAUCUUGUAGCGCGUUCGUGUUAGUGUGUGUGCAUAAUCUGUGCCGUUGUUUUAUUAGUGCAAAAGUGUUAUUUAUACGGGGUCCUCGUCUUCCAUGUAUAUAAACGAGCGCAGGGUCACUUCCUGAUAUUUUUCUGUUUUUAAAAUGUGCUGACGUCUAGUUUUGCUCUUCUUUUUUCUUUCAUCGAAGCAAAAAGUGCCUGUCAUUACCUUGUAUCAAUGUGCCAAGCGAUGCGAAAAUUUGUAUUUAUUUACACUCAAGAAAUGUAUAAUAUGUCUCGCGAAAAAAUAAAGAGCUUGUAAUUCCCUA